GUCCAGAUGUUGUGUUAUAAUAGAGCAGGGUAGCUACGUGGUAUAUGUGUCCUAGUGAAGGUUAUAUUAUUAACUAUAAUCUUAAUAAAAGAGUUGCCAAGAUGAAUGCGUCAUGGACGCUGUUCCGGAAGAUGUCAAUGAGAGAAGAGAUUGGAAUGGGAUUAACAGGCUUCGGCGUGUUUUUCCUCUUCUUCGGGAUGAUCCUGUUCUUUGACAAAGCACUUCUGGCUAUUGGAAAUAUUCUCUUUGUUGCUGGACUCUCCUUUGUCAUUGGGCUUGAGAGGACCUUCCGCUUCUUUUUCCAGAAGCACAAGAUGAAGGCCACCAGUUUCUUCCUGGGAGGAGUGUUUGUGGUGUUGAUUGGCUGGCCCAUUAUUGGAGUUUUGCUCGAGAUCUAUGGUUUUUUUCUCUUGUUCAGGGGCUUCUUUCCAGUGGCUGUAGGCUUUAUCAGGAGAAUACCAGUCCUUGGCUCCAUCCUAAACCUGCCCUUUAUCAGUGCAUAUGCGGACAAAGUGGGCGAGAGCAACACUAUGUGGUCACCACUACCAAUCACGGAUUCAUCGUCUUUUCACACCAUCAGUUUCUUACUGUCGACACUAAAGUCUCUACAAUAAAUGUUUCAAAUGCCAUCGAUCCCUUCGCCAUUGACUGCAUCUUGCGUUUAAAAGGAGGAUAGAAGACUCCCUCAAGGCCCAACUUAGUCUACAUGAUGUUCUUAAUCUGUGGAACUAUCAGAUAAAACUACCCAGUACAAGGACAAGAAGUGGAAGUACAUCCUGCCAUGUUUGCCACGUUUGUGCCUGUGCUUUAACUUAAUUUGCACAAAAGCUUUUAAAUCCAGGAUUUUGUUUACAGUUACACCCCCCGUUUCAGCUGUUGGAAUACCAAGUAUGGCUGUUGUAAUAUUUACUUUGUCCAUUUCUUUGUGAUUGUGUUCAGUGUUGGCUAGAAGUGCUUCUGUAUAAAUUAUUUUUUAAAUAUGAUCGCUUGAAUUCAUCUGUUAUGAGUGGCAGUCUGUCUACUAUUGGGCUAUUACUACUAUUGGGCACAGUUCUCGAGUAUUUUAUUAGACAUUAAGUGUUCAAAAACAAUGUUCAUGCAACACAAAAGUUAAGGACACAUUGAAUAUUUAAUUCAUCAAGAUCCAAACUGAAAAUCCUUACUGAUGCACAAAAUAGUUUUAUACCAAAAUCAUAUACUCUUUGAGAGCUAGAAUUUAAAAAUACACCAAAAGUUUAAAUUAUUUUCUGCUUGUUUCUAUCAGUACAUUUAUGUUUUACUUGUUUUGUUUUAAUCAGUAGGAAAUGUUGUUGGGUGACUGCUAUUAGACAUUUAAACAGAAGAUAACAUGCUACUAACUACAAGGCAUCAGACUUGUGAUAUUGGAUGUUGCUAAAUAAAUAAUAGAAAGCUACAAAGCCAAACAUGAUUAUUAUCAAUAAAAACAUCUGUGUGGAACUUAAAAAAUACUAUUACAAAAUAAAAAAGGAAAGAACUUUUUCCAACUGGGCCAGAUAAAGCUAAGGCACCACAAGUGUGGCA